AUGUAUUGGACUGAUUGGGGUUACCACCCAAAGAUUGAAAUGGCGGACAUGUCAGGAAAGCAGCGGGUUGUUCUCGUAAACUCACGUCUGUCGUGGCCUAACGGUCUAACGCUUGACACAGACAAAAACCGUUUGUAUUGGGUGGAUGCCAGAUUUGACAAGCUGGAAUACUUAAACCUGAGUACGAACAUGAGGGUAACCUUAAUAUCUUCUUCAGCAACCCUGCCUCAUCCUUUCGGGUUAACACUUCUUGGAGAUUACUUGUACUGGACUGACUGGAGAAAUUACGCUGUUUAUAGAGCCAACAAAAACAGUGCAGAUGUCAGUGUAUUUGUCACAGGUAUUGGGAAGCCUAUGGACAUACAUGGAUACAAUCUCAGUGAAAAAACCACACCAGGUAAAGAGAAGGCGUUUUCUACAAAAAAAAAAAAAAAGGUUUAUGUUGUUGAUACUUUCUUGAAGCGAAAUUUUUAGUGUAAAAAAAAAUUGUAGCGAUAAUAACUCAGACGCUAGCAAAUGUUUAGAAAAUGUGUAUGACCACCGUUUAUUAAGCAUAGAAAGCUUGAAACGAUAAAAUUUACAUUAGAAGCAGAUAGGUGAUCCUUUUGAUUUGCUACCACAUUCAAAGCCUUUGAUUUGCUACCACAUUCAAAGCCUUUGAUUUGCUAAGCAUCCUGCAGAGAACUCAGACAUUUUUUGUUUUUCAUUAUGUCGACUUCUUUUUGGCGAAUAAAUAAACUAAAACUAAUAAAACAUCAUUGCGAUAAAUUGACAAAAAUAUACUGAUAUCGCAUUUAGAAGAAAGCCUUAAAACAUAUUUUAGACAUCACAACCCUUUAUUCGUUGCAAAGGUAAUUCGGCACCAGCGGAGCUUACGAGUGCCAUUCCUUGGACUCUAAUUAUAAAUACCGAAUGUGAUUUCAUAUUCAUCUUCACGUUUAGACAUUUAGUUUCUACGACUUACUUGGAAAUUAUUGGCUCAUUGCGUGCUUUCACUAUUAACGGCAUGUUUUAAGUAAUGUUUCAAUUGAACUUGCUUUUAUUUCUGUGUCUUGCUCUAUCCAUUUACAGUCACAGACCAGUGCAACUACAAUAAUGGCGGAUGUAGUCAACUUUGUUUGCUUACACAAUCUGGAAGAGCGUGCACUUGUUCAGGAGGCCUCAUUCUAGAUGAUGACGGAAGAACUUGUAAAGGUAUGAUGAAUUCCGACCAGGGAGGCGUGACCUUUCCUGUGUGGAAUUUCAAGAACAAAACAACUUCCACCAGCUUCCCACUCUUCUAGGAAACAGACCCAUCCGUCGAUCAGUGGAGACUUACAAUCACAAUAAAUUGAUUCCAAACCCGACCACGCACUGAUUCUUUCAUCCUUUUAAAUGCUAGAUGAUAUAACGUCACUCAAACCAAAACAAGAUAAAGAGACUGCCGAUAAAGAGAUGCCUCAUGUGUCCCACGUACAGUAGCAUUGAAUAUGUAAUGGUUCGGCAAUCUCGUUAAUUAUGACAUUUCUUGAUGAGUAUUAUUGAUAGAAGCCCCAAUUGAUUAAGUAAAUUUAUUGAAAAGAGUCUUAUUUCCACUCAAAUUUUAAUUUCUUUUCUGAAAAAAAAAAUCAGGUCAAAUCUCUCCAAUAAAAAGAGUAAAUUAGACCAAACCUACAUAUUAAUCAAAGCCGAGUUCAAAAGCAGACGUAAAACAAUGGCCCCCAUCUUUAUGAAAUCAAUUUCUUUUUCCCGAUUUUUUAAUACAAAGCUCCUCCUGACCCGAGUGAGUUUCUUCUGUUCGCUGAUGCUUCAUACGGAAAAAUUAUGAAAGUUUCUCCUCAUGCUCCCGGAUCACUCACCGCUCUACCGUUGUCAAGCAGUAUCAAACGCCCGGUGGCCAUUGGCUACGACGUUUUAGAGGAUAGAGUAUACUGGACGGAUGUGACAAGGAAGACCAUUUCUCGUUCAUUCAUGAAUGGCUCUAUGUUUGAGGUACUGUUUCACCAAAACGUUCAGAUACCAGAUGGAUUGGCUGUGGACAUUGUAGGAAGGAAUCUCUACUGGACUGAUACAGGAAGUGACAAGCUGGAAGUAUCUAAACUAGACGGUUCCUAUCGUAGAGCUCUCAUAGCAAGUGGCCUAGGCGAACCGAGGGAUAUUAUACUGGAUGUUAGUAAGGGGUCAGUAGUUUAAAUAGGUAUAAAAAGCAACAAAACUUACUAAUAAGUCGACUGGAAUAUAUAUAUAACUGCUCACGACAGAGGCAACGAAAGAUGGGUAGCUGUCACAUUUUAGUGAAGAAUAAUUCAAUACUGGUUCAAAAAUUGUUCAAGGUGUUUUAUCUCUGGGCAUAAUGACAUUGAUUAUAAACGUUUGCGCCGAACAGGGCUAAGAACUAAAUAUUAUUUAACGGUACUCAGACGGGGGUGGUUUUUGAGCUUUUCUUUGCUUAAAGGUUGAAUGACUUCAAAGCUUUUUAAGCUAUGGCUAAUAGACUUGGUGACUUUGCCUAAAAGUAUCUGGGAACAUUGUAAAAAGUCGUCUUGCCGUGUUUUUUAACAUUGACAUAAUUAUGGCAACCGAACUUUGACAACUAUUGUUUUGAAUUUGCUUUUUUCCUACACAAAGGUUUAUUUUCCAGUUAAUCUUUGAAUAUAGCUCUUCACUUAAUUUAGCAAUAUUAUAUCCAAUUGAAUAUGAAUGCUAGUGUAAUCCAGGCUUUUUAGUGACUGAUUUGGGAAAAGAAACAUGAAUUUAAAACGGCCAAAUGGCAGUUGCUGGAAAAUAUUUUUCGCUUUUUCUCAAUUCAUAAACAUUCUGUUAUACACAGAUCAAUUUCUCCAUAACGAUUACCUCGAUUUCUUCGGCUUUGAAGUAAAAUUGAAUACAUUUAUAUAAAUUCAAAAUGGACGAUCCAUGAUAGCGGGCGGUUCCAGUUCCUUCUUCAAAGAUAAAUGACGUCAUCAUGACCUCACUGCUGUGGUUAUAGGUCAUUAAUGCGUUAGCUAACUUAUUUUGUCGUACACCUUACUAUUUAAGUUUUUUUCGCUUUGAAGGGAAUAAUUGAUGGCAUGUGGAUUCUACCAAUAAAUUCAACAUAAGGAUGUCAUAAUGACCUCAAAUUACGUUAUUCUGUCAAUUAUGUCAUUCCUAGAAGUUGAAAAUGAGAAAUACAUUAUUAUGUGCAAUUUUGGUGGCCGUAAUAUGAGCGGUUUUGAAUUCAUAGGGGCCCCCUCCAAACCCCGUAUGAAUAAUUCACCCUGAGGGUUAAGUGUUUGUCACUAUAAAAGUGGACGCAACGUCGUCAGGUUGCAUUGCAAAUACCAAGAGUGAUUUUAUAAAUAAAAAAAACGACAUCAAAUGACCGAGAGAGGUUGUAAGGUCUAGAAGGUAGGCGAAAAUCCUUACAGUGUUACUUAUUUUGCAUUUGAUAGAAUCAUGUAUUGGACUGAUUGGGGUUACCACCCAAAGAUUGAAAGGGCGGACAUGUCAGGAAAGCAGCGGGUUGUUCUCGUAAACUCACGUCUGUCGUGGCCAAACGGUCUAACGCUUGACACAGACAAAAACCGUUUGUAUUGGGUGGAUGCCAGAUUUUACAAGCUGGAAUACUUACACCUGAGUACGAACAUGAGGGUGACCUUAAUAUCUUCUUCAGCAACCCUGCCUCAUCCCUUCGGGUUAACACUUCUUGGAGAUUACUUGUACUGGACUGACUGGAAAAAUUACGCUGUUUAUAGAGCCAAUAAAAACAGUGCAGAUGUCAGUGUAUUUGUCACAGGUACUGGGAAGCCUAUGGACAUACAUGGAUAUAAUCUCAGUGAAAAAACCACACCAGGUAAAGAGAAG